AUGGCCGAAAAAUCGAGGAAAUCCAAAGGACCAGCGCACAAGAAGGAAAUGAAAGAAGUCCGUGAACCACUUGAUGAAGAAACAGAGGAACCAGUCGAGUUUCAUGGAGAGAUGGAAGAACAAGAACAACAGCUUCAUUCAAAAAAAGGACCACCAAUGAAAAGCAAAAAACCUAAAUUCUACAGUGAACCGAUUGAUAUGCAACGAAAAGCACCUCAAUCAUUACCAGCUAACUUCCAAGACCGACACAAUACUAAAAAUGAUGAUUUAGUGCAACAAGAAAUCAACGCCUGGACUAACGAGCUUGCCAAAACGACACAUAAACCCAGUGGUUCUCAUUCUCCCUUACAGCCGAUAACUAGUACUCGAAAUCUCAAUGAAAUUUUACAAAAUGAGAAUCAAACAGGUUCUAUAAAAGCAUUUAAAAAUGCUUUUAUUGAGGAUACAGAUGCAUGUGGAGAAAUUAUAUGUGAUGCAAGUGCAUUAUUAACUGAUGUUCAUUUUUAUGAAUUAAGUCAAUUACAAUGGCCACAUUUGAAAAAAAUUCGUAUUCGAGCUUGCCCUCAUGUAACACCAUAUGCAUUGAAUUAUAUUCAGAUGAUAACUGAUCAACAAAAACAUCGAGAUAUUAAAGUGAAUGUUGAAUUAAUGCUUCAUGCUCAUAAUACAAUAGAAGAUAAGAAUGAUGUAACUCAACACACCAUUACUAGUCUUGAAAAACUAUUUGGAAAAAGUACGAAAACAUCAAUAUCAAAAGUGCUGAUUUAUCACACAAAUUCCGAAAAUAAUUUUACGCUAUCAUCAAAACAGAUGAUUAUAAAUCAAAUUCAAACAUCAAAAGAAAAAUCUUCUAUGUUAAUUGAUUCUUUAUUAUCAACGCAUGAUGGAUGUCAAAUAGCACUUCUUGAAUGUAUCAAUUUUAUCCUAUUCAAAGAACUAUGUUCAUCUUUUCAUCCACAAAUAAUUUAUAUGGUUGUUUCAAGUGUAGAUGAAGUUAUCAAAACUUUCUUCUCAGUUGAUUGUAAUACAUCAUUUACAAUUCUACAAAAAUUACAAAUUCGAUUGAUUAUUCACAGUGAAGAAUCUAUAGAACAAUUUUUAUCCAAUCUUCGCUCGCAAUUAAAUCAUAUUUCAAAAACAGCUGAUGAUCUCUAUAAGCAAUAUAGUAAUGAGGACACGACAAAUUCAUUUGAAAAUGAUGAUUUUCGUCGUAAUCACUAUAUGAGUAGUUUAUUACAUAUUCAAACUAAAUAUGAUUUAUUAAUGGAACAUUUAAACGAAGAUCAUUGUAUACUUUUCAAACAAAAGGAUCCAUCUUUUAUAUCAAAUUAUAUAAUGAAAGAUGCCGUUAAACAUUGCAAUUCUUUAUAUACACUUGAUACCCAAGAUGAUUAUCGUAAUAAAGUAGUAAAAACAAAUGAGCCUAUAACGAAACUUAUUGAUAAAAUUAUCAAUCAAUCAAAAGCGGAUUAUAACGAUUCGAUGAUACCAAGUGCAACCAAAUUAGCAAAUAUUUAUUUUACACAUAGAUUAAUUACUGAUAAUGUUCUUGAUAUAUAUUCAGCAUCGAAUAAUAAAUCAUAUUUUGUUUCGGAUAUUGAAUGGUUUUGUCAUACAGUUAAUCAUCUUUUCAAUAUGGAAACACAUUCAAAUCGAAAGACUGAACAUAUUUUAGAACAAUUUAAACAUACUAUUGGUACAAAUAUCCAUAUAAUUACAAAACAUGAAUUAAAAAAACUUGAAAUCAGCGGAGAUGAAAUGGAUUUUUUUCAAUGGUUGUUUGGUUCAUGGGGAAUAGCUUAUCCGAUAUCAACUGAAGAACAGGGUGAUACUAAUAUUUUUAUUCUUUUCAAUUCUAUAUCAUCUGAACCACCUGUUCCUUUGAGUACUGUUUGGUCUCCAUCAUGGCCAGCAGAUGAAUAUGAAUUUAGUAUUUAUUUUCAUUUAUUACAUCCUUGCGAUGAAGCAAUUCUAUUUCGUCUUUAUAAAUUAUUUCCAUCUCAAAAAUUAAUACUUGCAUCAAAAUAUUUCUUACUUAUUCAAGAAGGAGCAAUAGAAAUUUUAAUUCAAUAUCAUCAUGAAAAUAAGCAGCAGACAAGUAUUAGUAUAACUUCUCGUACACUUAAUUUAAAUGGAUCAACAGAUAAAAAUGAUAAAACAAGUGAAUUAAUUAAUGAAUCAUUUGAAUAUAUUACAAGAGAAUAUUUUGUUAUUAUUUGGGCUUAUUUAUUCAAAUGUGAUUAUGCAUAUAAAAUUGAGGUCAAAAACAAAGAAAUUUCGAAUCCUUUUGACGCAAUAGUUGGAAAUGAACUAAUGAAUGACAAAUGGAAACAUUUAGCUUUGUAUCAUUAUUCGUCAGCACCUACUCUUACAUCACCUUGUUCUGUAUGUGGUCUUCGUUCUUCAGCAAAUAGAUCUCUAUAUAAUGCAAGUACAUUAUUAUCACCCUCACGACAGACAUCAACAACAACAACUACAAGUGAACAAGAUCGAUCAGGAUUUUUAAUAUUUAAUCUUGGUAAAAGCUCAUUCUCUUAUACCAGCAAACAUAAUUUACGACCAGAUGGAUGUAACUCAUUUGAAGUUAUAUUUUUGAAUAAUGGAAAUAAAAACAAUGAACAAAAUUCUCCAAUAUUAUCAUCUAUUGAAAUAGGAUGUUUAAUAAAUAAUCCUACUACAAAACAAGAUGAAAAAAUACUUUUCGAAUAUGGUGCUGAUCGAAAGAAACCGGCCAAAGCUUCUAUAAAUCAAAAAUCACAAAAAGAUCAACAAAUGUCAUAUCUAGAUGAAAUUCGACAAAUGGGUGGUUUACAAGGUUUAAGAAGUACAAAAGGAGAUACAAAAAAUAGUGGGUCACAAGAAUUUUAUAAUGGAUUAAGAUUACGUGUAGAUAUUUUAUUUACUCAUAAACCAAAUACAUAUGAAUUUGUAUUUUCUAUUAAUGAUAUUCCUUGGUCUCAAAAAACAAUUAAACGUAAAUCAGCACAGGCAAUGUUUCAACCAUAUAUUAUAAGUCCUGGAAUUCACCAAUCUGAUCAAAAUUUACGCCUAAUCUUGUAUCAUCAUUUAUCAGCACUUGAUACUGCAAUUAUUAGUCCUUCGAUAACAAAUAGUCCAUGGAAAGUUGGUAUGCGUCUUGAAGCUAAAGAUCGAAAAAAUCCAAGUAUUUUAGCUAUUGCUAAUGUUGUUGAAGUUUAUGAGGAUAAUCGUAUAAGAAUUAAUUUCGAUGGAUGGACAUCAACAUUUGAUUAUACAGUUGAAGUCGAUAAUUCUGAUCUUCAUCCUUGUGGUUAUUGGGAAUAUAUUCAACGUGUUUUAUAUAAAAAUGUUGAUACGACUAAGCCAAAUCCACAUCUUACAUUUACACGUUAUGAUAAACCAAAAUCUUAUGAUGGUCGGUUUGGUUGGCGUAAUUAUUUAACAGAAACAAAUGUCGAACCAGUACCAUUCGAAUGUUUUAAUUAUAUGCAAACAGAAGGUAUGCCAGUAGACUAUUUUCCUCAUAGUAUUGUAAAAACUGAAUUCACCACACUGUCAUGUCGUCAUUAUUAUAAUGUACGAGUUAAAUAUCAUAAAAUGAAUACAUUUAUACAAAAUGAAAUAGCUAAUCGAAUAUUAUAUGAACAUGAUAUGGAAUUAAGUCCUCCAACAUCAACAACAAGUCCAGGUGUAGUUUUAUUACCAACACCAUUUACUAGUUCAACAUUAACAUAUCCAUGUUUAAAACAAUUUCAAAAUUCAUCCAAUGCUACGAUUCAUUUAACAUGCAAUCAUCGAUGUCUUUCUCCAUUAGAUUCAACAAGUAUUGUAUCGGGUGCACAUUUAUUAGAUACAAAAGGUGAUCAUACGGAUAAAACUGCAAUUGAAAUGUCAAUAAUAACAAUUUGUAUGUUAACCGCUGUUGAUCUUGCACGAAAUCAAAAACAUUUAAUUGCACCUUCAACAUCAGAAUUAAUUUCCGACAAAAAUAAUUCAUUUAAUAAAAAUCUCACCGAUUUUUAUAUACGACGUUGGUUAGAUUUAAGUGCUUAUAUAACAUGUUUACAUUCAACAAGUUUUUAUACUAAACGUCCAUCGGUAAAAAAUUAUGAAUCAGAUUCCAAUAUACUUUAUAAUUGUUAUUCUGAUCAAGAUUUAUUUUCAAGUCUUAAAGGUAGUCUUGAUUCAAUCGAUAUAAAAUUUACUUUAUUUCCAAAUACAUAUUAUCAAAAACAAUUUGGUAAAUAUGGUGAAUGUUAUUAUUGUUGUCUAUUUCGUGAUGAUGAAAUCAAAGAUCGUACAUCGGAUCUAUCAUUUCAAAAACGUUUAGAUAUAAUUGGUAAUUAUGCACCAAGUAUUUUCUAUUUUGAAUUAUAUAAACCUGAAAAGAAUGCUAUUGAAAAUCGUUUAAUAUUAAAUGAUGAAUUUUUUGUUAAAUUUACUGGUCUCGAAAUAAUUGAUAUAACAAAUGUUGUUAUUGAUCGAUUUCAAUUAAGUAAAAAAAAUAUUGAAUCUCUUAAAAAUUUAACUUAUAUUUCACUUGAAAAUAAUGAUCUUACAAUGAUAAAUAUGGAUUUUCGAUAUUUAAAAAAAUUAAUUUCGAUUAAAUUAAAACAAAAUCCAUUUCAAACAUUACCAACAAAUAUUUUCUCAUCAUCAUCUUUACAAUACAUUGAAUUAUCUGAACUUGGUCGAUUAGCAGAACUUGAUCCUAAUACACGAUUUUCAUCUGAAUUAAAAACAUUAUCAAUGACAAAUAGUAUUUUUACCACAUUACCAUUAACAUUAGGUACAGAUGCUCGACCUAAAUUAACUGAAUUGACUAUUAAUGGUGUUGCUUGGUGGGGUGUUGAAGGAAUGAGUGUUAAUGAAGUUGUUAAAUAUGAAUCAUUUGAACAGAAAUUUACUUCCUAUCUUGAUAAUGAAGAAUUAAGAUCAAUUUAUUAUAUGUAUGAUGAAGAUGCAAAUGGAAUUUUAUCAUAUUCAGAAAUAAAUUUAAUGAAUGCACAUAUUUAUCGUUUUAUUCCACGUUUAAGACCAUCAUCGCAGACAAAAAUACCAAAUUCAGGUCGAUCUUCUGUUGACCCAUCAAAUAUAAAUGAAUUAGAUACUCCAAAACAAGACUCAUUUAUUACUGAUCAAUCAGGAUUUCCGUCUGCAAUAUUUUAUCUUGAAAAUUUAAAUGUACUUACACUUGAUUAUCAAGGUAUUAAAAAUGUACCAGAUGCAAUUAAAAGUUUAAGAUAUUUAUCAAUAUUAAAUUUAAAUUAUUGUGUUGAACUUGAAACAAUAAGUCCAGAAGUUGGAUUAUUACCACUUAAAGAACUUAAUUUAACUGGUUGUGUUUCAUUAAAAACACCACCCAUAGAAAUAACACGUCGUGGUCAUACACAAAUUAUGGCCUUUUUACAACGAUUGAUGAGUGGAUCAACUGCUUGUAAACGAACAAAACUUAUGUUAGUUGGUCUUGGUGGAGCAGGUAAAACAAGUUUAGUACGUGCAUUUCUUGAAUCACAUUCAACAGCACCACCGGUUGUAACCGAUGGUAUUGAUAUUCUUAAAUGGAAAGUUCCAUUAGAUAAUUCCGAUGAUGUUCUUGAAUAUAGUGUUUGGGAUUUUGCAGGACAAUCUGUUUAUUAUCAUACACAUCAAUUCUUUUUGGCAAAGAAAGCUGUUUAUGUACUUGCAUGGAAUAUACGUCUUGGUGCUGAACAUGCUGGUCUAGAUUUUUGGUUAUCUUCUAUUUGUUGUCAUGCACCAAAUGCACCUAUUUUUGUUGUUGGUACACAUAUGGAUCAAGUAUCACGUAUUGAUUUACGUCAAGAUGAUCUUAAACGACGUUAUCCUCAAAUUGCUGGAUUUUUUAAUGUUAGUACAGCAACUGGUGAAUGUGUACCUGAAUUAAUUAAUACAAUUAUUAAAACAACAUUAGCAUUACCUUAUAUGGAUGAACAAAUUCCAAAAGUAUGGUUAAAAUUUGAAGAUAUGAUUAAUGCACGUACUGAAGAUAUACUUACAUAUAAAGAAGUAGAAAAUAUUGCUCAUGAUGCUGGUAUAUUUGAACCUGAUGAAGUCCUACAAGCUGUACUUUUCUUACAUGAUCUUGGUUCAUUACAAUAUUUUUCUUCUGAACAUUUGAAAAAUUAUGUUGUCAUUAAUCCACAAUGGAUUGUUAAUGUUAUGGCAUGUAUUGUCAGUAUUAAAGACAGUCCAGUUAAAAAUGGACGUUUAUAUUAUUCAGAUAUCGGUACUAUUUGGAAAGAUUAUAGUGAAGAUUUACAUCCUUGGAUUUUAAAAUUAACUGAAGCAUUUGAUUUAACAUUUCCUGUACCUGAUCAAAAUAUGAAUUUAGUACCAUGCUUAUUACCUGAAGAAGAACCAGAGUAUACAUGGAUUGAUGACACCACUAAUACAGAAAAUCGAGAGAUGAAAGUUGUUUAUAUAUUUAAUUAUCUGCCAGCUGGUUUAUUUAAUCGAGCACAAGUUCGUCUUUUUCAGUUUUCUGAUAAAUCAACAAUUUGGCGUUAUGGUUCAUUAUUAUUGAAAAAUAAUCAUCGAGCAGUUAUAAUGCGUACCGAUGAUCAACAUAUUAUUAUUAAAAUUCAAGGCAUACGACCUGAUAAUAUACUCUUUUUAAUUCAUGAAGUAUUCGAAGGUCUUGUUAAUGAAUCAUUUUUUGGCGUAACUUAUGAUAUUACUUUUCCAUGUCCGGAUUGCGUUGAAUUAGGUACAAAUGAACCUUGGCAAUUUUCUUCUUCACUGAUUAAUCGUGCUAUUGAACUUAAAUCACCAUCAAUUCAAUGUCAUCGUUUUUUUCAUGUUGCAUCUGUUACUGAUUUACAAGCACUUGUUCCACCGGAUAGUAAAAGUAAUUAUGAUUUACAUUUGGAAUAUUCUGUUCGUGAUCUUAAAUCUUAUAAACAGAAUGUAUCUGUUGAUAUUGUAUAUAUUUAUCCAUCCGAACAUAUUCCAACUAUGUCAGAAAUCGAGAGUAAAGUAGAUCCUCGAAAGAUUAACGACGAUCUAACAAAACGUGGUUUAAAAAUUUGGACACCUGAUUCAUUAAAAGAUUUUAAAAUUGAAAAUCAUUAUUUAGUUAUUAAAGAAGCAAAAUGUGUUAUAUUCGGUAUUUCAACAGAAUUAAUAGCAAAUCGUGAAAAUAAAAAUUUAUGCGAUGCAUUACAAACAAUAAUGAGUAUUUUACGUAAACCAAUUAUUCCGGUUUUAUUUGGUACGGAUAUGGGAUGGAAAGAAACGGAUGUUGGUGUUGGAUUAUUAGAUAAACUCUAUAUUAAUAUGCAAAAUCCAAAACGAUAUGAAAAUCGUAUAAUUGAAUUAAUGGAAAGAAUUAAUGAAGAACGUGGUGAUGAUAAUAAAAAACAAAAAUUACGUGAUCAACCAACUGAUGUUUUUAUAAGUUAUUGUUGGGCUAAUUCUCAUGAUGCUGUUAGUAAAGGUUCAAAAUCAACUCCUACUUCUAUUGGUUGGGGAGAUCCUCGAUCUUUAAAAGAUUAUGUAGAAGGACGUGGAUUGAGUGUUUGGAUGGAUAUUAGUCGAUUAGGCAAAUCUGGUGUACUUCAUGAUAUUGUUCAUGGUUUAAAAAAUACGCAUCUUGUUAUAGCAUGUGUAUCUGAUGAAUAUACACAGAGUGAAGUUUGUCGAAAUGAAUUUUUAUUUGCAAAAAAUACACUUCGACUUCCUGUUAUAUUGGCUGUCUUUGGUAGUGGUGAUAAAUGGCGACAAACAGAAGUUGGCAUGUGUAGUCUUACUUGUCCACAAGUAAAUUUUCAAUUUGAAAAUCCAAAUGCUUUUGAAGAGUUAUUUGUUCAUGUACAAACGAAUUUACCUAAAAAAACUAGUUCAACUAAACAAACAGCAAAAAAUGCCAAUACAACAUCAACAAUGGAAGAAAAAACAUCGGCUGCUUAUCAGGAAUUAUUUGAAUUAACACAACGUAAAUUUCUUCGUUUAACAUCUAGUUUUGCUGAAACUAUGACAGCUCGUCCUUAUCCACGUCUGUUUACUCUUGAUUUUAUGGGUGAAAAAGAAAAAUCAACACAAGAAUUAAUCCGUAUUGAAAUGUCUAAUCAAGCCAAUACACGAGUACAAAAAGAUAGUGAUGUCAAUAAUGAACGUGAUAUUGAAGCUGAACGACAACGAGAUGAAGAACUUAUUCGAACACAAAAAAAUACUGAAACUGUGAUUGAGCCGAAAGUACCAGUGAAAAAAUUAUGUAUACGUACAUUAUGUGAAAAUGAAGAAAAUUGGCAUGCAGCUGGUAGUCCAUAUGAAAUUACUGAUAAUGUUUUAUUACAAAAUGGUGCAUCAUAUUUAUCACGAAUAAUGCUUCUUCUUAAACAAAGUGAUUUACCAUUAGAAAUUCUUACUAAUGAUGAUGGUGAAAUUGAAUUACAAAAACUUGCUGAACUUUCAAAUACUAUGGGUAUGGAAGUUAAAGAUUCUUAUGGACAUAUACGUCGAUGUAUAAUGGAUUGUGAUUCAGAAGAAAAAUAUUCCGGUCUUAAACAAUGUCUUAUUCCAUCAGGCAAAGUUUUAUGGCUUUGUGAAGAACAUCAAAAACAACCACGUGUUGUACUUGUCACCGCUUCAGUUACCGGUGGUUAUACUGGUCCGCAAGCUGCAGAACAGAAUGAAAUGGUGAAAGCAUUAAGUAAACUUAAUGAACGGAUUGCAAACAAUGAAUUACCUCAAUCAUCAAUGAAAGUUCCUCGUGUACGAAGUGCUCGUCAUUCAUCAUCAGAAAAUCAAUCACCUAGUCAGCGUGUUUCACAACGCUUUAAUCGACAAGAAUCAGGAGUAACUAAAUCUCAACAACAAAAUAUUUUAGAAACUAAUGAAAAUGAUAAUGAAAGUAUUUACAUAACUCCAAAUGAAGCAGAUAAUCAAACCAAAAAUUCCGUAUUAGAAAAUGAACCGACUAUUAUUUCAACAGACUGCUCAAUUAUGUAA